CCCGCUUUUGUCUCCUCACAUGAGAGGAAAGACGGACGCGUGUGUGUGUCUUUGUCCCGUCUCUGUAGAUCCUUCCCAGACUGAGAGGACUUAACACCAUCAGAGGCGAUGCGAUGUGAGUGAGCUAUGCCUUGUGGAAAUGGACAGACUUUAUCCAAGCGAAAACAUGGCGUCUGCGUCCCGAGGUUUAGCUUCUUUCCCAGUCUGCUUGUGGCGCUCUGCUGCCUGGAGGUGUGGGGCUCCGGGCCGCAGGGGGACGGCGGCAGGACAUGCAGCCCCUGUCCCGUUAACUGCAGCUGCGAGCUGGCGGGGCCCCAAUCGUCCUGCGUCGUCAACUGCUCCAGCAUCGGGCUGGAGAGGGCCCCAGCUGCGGCGGACAUCCCGCAGGCCACCAACGUGCUAGAUCUUUCAAAGAACCACAUCUCCUCCCUGGAUACCAGCCUGCUAGAUCGUCUCACUGGCCUACGAGCACUCUAUCUUCAAGGGAACAGGAUCAACGUUCUCCCCAGAGGAGUGUUCUGCUGUGGGCCACUGUCAGUCCUCGAUUUGAGCAACAACCAAAUCACCACCAUAGAAGAAAGGAUAUGCGACAACCUGUGCAAUCUAACUCAAAUCGACCUGAGCAGUAACCCCUUUGAGUGUGACUGUAAGCUCUUCCGGCUGGUCAGCUGGCUGCAGGAGAAAGGGGUGCGAGUCCGCCGCCCGGAUGCCAUGCUCUGCGACCACCCUCCUGAGCUCCGCCACCAGCCCCUGCUCAACGUCAGCCUGCUCACCUGCGGUCUGAACUAUGCGGCUUGUCUCGAGGACAGCAGCAGCGGAGGAGGAGGACGGAGCGAGCUUGUCAUUUUCUCUUCCUCCACACCCGGAAACUUCACGCGUGAGCAGUGUAACAGCGUGUGCUUUGCCGCAUCACACCGCUAUGGGGGUUUGGGGGCCAGGCACGAGUGUCUGUGCAGCACAAACUCAGAGCCGAACUUCAUAAGUGAAUCUCAGUGUUCCGCUGCCUGUACAAACCCCCAAGUCAUGAAGAAAUGUGGGUGGACUCUGGCCCACUAUGUGUUUGCGGUGGACUUCUCGGUCUCGCUGAAGCCUCUUCCGCUGCAAAGUGUUCACGACCGCAUCAGUUUCUCCGCCGCCUCCUCCGUCACUCCAGUGACACUGUCCUGGGACUUUGGUGACCUUUCGUCUCGGGUCAACACUACAGGAACGGGUGUCACCGCAGUAACUCACAAAUAUGGACUUCCAGGACACUACGCGGUCAGUUUGAUGGCCUGGGCUGGACACAGGGAGGUAUCUGCACGUGGGGAAGUGACCGUGACGCUUCCUCCCAAGCUGGAGCUGCGCUGUCCACCUCUCGCCGUGGCCAAUAAGAGCCUGGAGUUCACACUUGUCAGCUGGGGAGCUGUCGGCGUGGAUGUAGACUGGAAGAUCACCAAGGACGGCGUCCAAGUUGCCAAAGCCUCCCCUCACUGUCCAAAGGAUGGGGUGUACCACGACGAGUCCUCACGCUGUUUCCAGAUCGUUCCAGGGGAGCUGAGCUGGACAGAUGCUCGAAAACAGUGUUCAGACCGCGGCGGGAUUCAGGCGAUAGUCAGGAGUGAUGCUCUGCGUAACCUGCUGGCACACAAAGUGACGCAGGAGCGAGGCGUGUGGCUGGGCUUGAGUGACGUUGACUCUCCGGGCAGGCUGCGCUGGGUGAACGGCUCAGAGGCACAGGAGGGAGAGGAGGGCCUGCCGCCUCGCUCUCCCAUCUCCCGCGGAAACGUGUGCGUGUCCCUCGAUCAGCGCGGCCAGACCAGCUCACACCAAUGCAAUGCCAAGCGGGCCUACGUCUGCCAGUACAGUCCCCAAGUGCGAGUUCCAGAUGCAGGGAUCUACAUGGUGGGCCUGGCUGUGUUUCCCACCAAUAAUCAUCUACACCACGCCCCACCUGCUCCGCUCUCUGCUCCACAGCCUCCCAGCGGUGGCAUAGAGGUGCUGUUGUUCCCAUCUCUGAGCUUUGUUCAGGCAGGUCGUCUGUCCUCCCUGGAGUUUGUCACUCAGGAGCUCAGCUCUCGAAUCCACGUCCGGUUCCAGACCUACAGACCUCACUGCCAUUAUCCCGGCCUGCACCUGCUGCUCCCCAGUUGUGGAGGUCCAGCGUGUGCUCCAGUGGCUGUCUGUGUCCCCAAUGACACCAGGAGCAGUGAUCCACCCUCUUGCCCCCAGCGAGAGCAGUGGUGUCCCUUCCAGCGCCGGUGCCUGCCCCUCUCUAGUCCCUGCCACCCAUCUUCCUGUCCUAACUGCACCCAGACUCACCGCAUGCCCCCUGGGGCACUGAGGCCCCGAUACACCCUGCAGAACGAGGUGGUCUUCACUCUGCCAGCAGGGCCAGCUGCACACGUGCUGCUACAAGAACAAUUGGAGGACCUCCUGGUGUCCCGUGGCGAUGUCAUCGCCCUGCAGCACGACGCUGGCCCCGCCUCCCUUCUCCGCUGCCAGUCCUCUCCGAACUCACCCUGGCGGCAACCUGUUUUAGCCCUCAACCAAUCAGAGUGGUUCUGGGUCAACAAUACCAGACAGUCAACAGACACCUCGGCGGACCUCGACGCUGACCCUCUGCCUGACCCGGCGCUCGACGUCAAGGCGCUGGUGGAGGAUGGUGAGGGAGGCUGGCUUGAGGAAGUAGUUUGCCCUGUCAGAGUGCUCUAUGUGGGACACAGUGAGACUGAGCUGCAGGGAGCACAGCUGUCUGCUGGUCUACCCCACCCCGGCCUCUACAGCCUGCUGGUGACUUCAGCUGAGCCAUCAUACCCAGCCUCAGCAUCAUGCCCGCUGCGGGUGGUGCCUCCCCUGGGCUUGACAAUCCUCCACCCCUCUCCCCUGAACGGCACCGUCUACCUGCAGCCCAACGACACCCGGCUGCUGCUCCGUGUCCAGUCUCGCUAUGAGACAAAGGCCUCUUGCCGUGGCAGUAAUUGCAGUGUGACCUUCCAGUCCAACUGUCCCCCAGAGUUUUCCUCCAGCCCGACGCUCUGUCGGCCCGAGCCAAGCUCCAGCACCGGGGUCGAGGUCACAGAGACCAGCCUGUAUGCGGUGCUGAACCUGCGCCUGGGGAUGGAGGAGCAGAGGAGUCCGGUGCAGGUGGAGCUGGAGGCCCACAAUAAUGUGACGGAGGCCAGUCUGACUGUGGUCGUCCAGCUGGAAGAGCCACUCAGGGGACUGAUGGUGCAGCCGCACCCUGCGCACAGAGUGCUGAUGGAGUCGGUUGUGAGCUACACAGCAUCAGUGCUCGAAGGCACCAAUCCCACAUUUAAAUGGACGGUGGAUGACAAACCCUACUUCACCUAUUACAACACUGUCCUCAAUGUCAUCUACCAGCACGCUGCCGUCUACAAGCUCACAGUGACGGCCAUGAACCAUGUCAGCGCCCUCACAGAGCAUUUCAACGUGACCGUGGACCGGCUGCAGCCUAUGGCCAACCUCACAGUAAAGGGCGUGCCAGAUGUGGUUCCUCAGGGCUCCACUCAGACUCUCACCACCUCUGUGCUCGUCGACAUGUCUGUGGCCGCCACCUUCCGUUGGUCUUUUGGUGAUGGUGGAUAUCACGAGUCUGAAUACAAGCCCCCCUACGCUACCUCCCUCAUCUGCCCAGAGUCACCAAAUCAGGUCCUCCUCAGCAACAAUGUCACCUAUAUCUACUCUCAGCCAGGUAUAUACACAGCGCUGGUGUCAGUGUCCAAUCGUUACGAGAACAUCAGUCAGACCAUAAACAUGAGUGUCUACAGCAUCCUCACUCGUGUUGAUAUACAAACAGAGCCGCGACUCCUCCUCACUGGCAAAACAGCGGAUUUUGAGGCUCACCCUCUGCCGUCGCCGUAUGGCAUUCACUAUGACUGGCACUUUGGAGAUGGUUCUGCACCCCAGCAAGGUCGCCGCGUGGCACACACCUAUACACAGAGUGGUGUCUGUAAUGUCUGCGUACUGGUAAACAACACCAUCAGCUCUACAGAGGUUUGUGCCAAGAUGUUUGUAUAUGAGGAGAUUGAAGAUUUAACAGCUGACAGCUCCUCUCCGACAGAGCUUCACAGCCCUACUAUAGUGUGGGCACGCCUUGCAUCAGGGAAUAACAUCACAUGGACAUUCUCCAUGGGCGAUGGGACCACCUACACAGUAUCUGAACCUCGUGUGUCACACAGCUAUUACAAAGAUGGCAACUACACAGUGAAUGUGACUGCUACAAAUGCUGUGAGCUCUGGCUGGACAAUCCUAACAGUGCAGGUGUUUGUCUUUCAAGUUGUGAGGAUUGAGCCGUCUGGAUGUGUCCAAGAGCAGACCCCCAUCAACUUUCAGGCCUGGGUGUCUGGUAAUGCGUCAGCUCAUCUUUAUGAAUGGAGCUUUGGGGACGGAAGCCCCAACGAGACACACCACGGCAACCCCAGGAUCUCACACACCUACUGGAUGAGUGGGAACUUCCUCCUUUCUCUGCUUCUGUCCAGUGGGGUAAACAAGGCCAACUUUUUCAACUGGGUGUGUGUGCAGCCUUCUUUAACCAACAUCAGCCUGACCCUCGAGAAAUCACACUACGCGGUCGGGGAGGAGAUCCGGUUCCAGGCCAGAGCCCAGCCAGAAUUUAACUACAGCUAUCAGUGGGACUUUGGUAGAGAGGAAGACCUUGCACUUGUCCCAGGUUCUGAGAAUAUCGUGACAGCAUAUAAACACCCAGGUCAUUACACAGUGACAGUCAUUGUCUUCAAUAACAUCUCCUCCACUAACACCAGUGUUGUGAUUGAGGUUCUGAUGCCCAUAGGACCAAUUGUUAUUCAGCAUAAUGGCACUAAGUUCAAUAACCUGACCCUCAGAGCACCGUACGCUUUCACAGCAUCUUCCUUGGCUUCUAAUGUUACUUACGUCUGGGACUUCGGAGAUGGAAAUUUGCUUACAGGCCAGAACCUCCUCCGCACCUACAACAUCUCAGGAAACUACAAUAUUACAUUGACAGCAGCCAACACAGUCAGCAGGAAUCAAACUACUUUACCUGUUGUCGUGCUAGCACCAAUCUCUGGGCUGUCUGUCAAUGCCAGCUUGGUAAAUGUGCCACUCAAUGCCUCAGUCCACUUUGAGGCCCAAAUGGACGAGGGAGAUGGUGUCCGGUACUCUUGGAUCUUGUGUGACCGCUGCACCCCAAUCCAAGGGACCCACACCAUGUUCUACACCUUCCGCUCUGUUGGCACUUUCAACAUCAUUGUGACAGCGGAGAAUGGCGUAGGAAUGGCACAAGCGAGUAUCUUCCUGUUUGUCCAACGUGAGCUGGAGGGGCUGCAGAUUUUAGCAGAGGAGGAGAUUCGAGGAGGAGGAGGCACAGGACUGAACGGUUGCUGCUUUGCUACAAACCGUGUUCUCCACCUUCAAGCAGGAUUAAAGGAAGGAACCAACAUGACAUUUGCGUGGAAACUCAUCAGAGAGCUAGACCCUGUCGGCUCAAGCUUCAACGUUAGCGGCAAGACGGUGGAGGUGAAUUUCUCCACACCAGGCCCAUGUGACAUCUUUCUCCAGGCAGCAAACCUCCUGGGCCAGCUGUCUGUUAACAGAACCAUUCACUUCCUAGAGCCAGCUGGAGUGGUAUACCUGCAAAUCAGUGACAACCCAAUUGCAGUCAAUGCUGCAACUAAUCUGACAGUAUUGACUACUGAAGGUUCGGACCUUCAGUACCGCUGGUCUGUGAAUGGAGAUGUGCUGCAGUGGAACAAACCCUGGAAGGCCCACACCUUCAUCAGUCCUGGUCUAAAGCUAGUUACUGUGGAGGUCUUCAAUGAAGUUAGCUCAGAGGUUGUGUCAGAGAUGGUCAGUGUCCAGGAAGUUAUUUCUGGGCUAAGAUUCUCAGCUACUAAUGUGACAGAGCAGAGUUACGUAGCAGCAGGCGUCAGCAUCUGGCUCCAGGGUGAGGUACUGACAGGAACCAAUGUGACGUGGACAUGGCUUUUGGAAGGAAGAUCAGACACAGGAAGGAAAACCUCUCUGGUUUUCCAGGAGCCAAAAACAGCCAUUGUCACUUUGAAUGCCACCAAUGAUGUCAGCGGGCAAUGGGUUUCCAGAGAGUUCUUUGUUCAGGACAAAAUUCAGGGGUUGGAACUGAGGGCAAGUAAGAACAUAGCAGCAGUCGGUGAGAAAGUGGAGUUUACAAUCUCUUUGGCAGCGGGCACCGAUGUCCGCCUCAUCCUCAGCAUCAGCGGAGAUGCCACUGUUAUCCUUCAACCCAACCAAACCUACAUCCACACAUUCAGCAGGGUGGAUACAUACAUGGUGAAUCUCACGGCUCACAACCAGGUCAGUUCCAAGAGGCGGCACCACCAGGUUGAGGUGAUGGAGCCGGUGCGUGGGCUUUCCAUCCAGGGAAGCUGUGCAGCAAUCCCUGUUGGUGUAAAGAGGUUGUUCGUGGCCAACAUCCUGACGGGCAAACCUGUUAGUUUCCUGUGGACUUUUGAUCUCCACCACCACCACCAGGCAUCCCAUAUAGGCAAAGAGGUGUCCUACACGCCAGAAGAAGCAGGUGUAUUGACCAUCUACCUGAAGGCCUUCAACGCACUGCCUGCUCAGAACAUCACCAAGCACAUCCUGGUGCAGAACCUGCUGACGUCUGCUGUACUGUAUGCAGCCCCUCAGGACACUUUCAUCAAUAAGACGGUGACCCUGAAGGCCUACGUCACACCCAGAUCUAAUCAGGUGGAAUGCUUGUGGGACUUUGGUGAUGGUUCUACUCCAGUUCACACCAACACCACGACUGUGGGUUAUGAGUACAGACACCCGGGACACUACCUGGUCCGAGCGAACUGCAGUAACCUGGUGAGCUGGGUGUUGGCCCAGGUGGAGGUCAACAUCAGUGUAUUGGAGUGUGAGGAGCCAGAAGUGCAGGUGGUUCAAGCCCCCCGCCUGGCCAUCUGGCGCUCUCAGCCCACUUUGGUGGAGGCCAGUGUGGACCUGAAAGGCUGCCUGCGCUACGGAGCUCAGUACCUCUGGCAGAUACUCUCGACAACCUCUUGUGAUAAUGACAAAGACCACGGGAUUCCCUCUGGGGUGGUGACUCAGUCCUCUCAGUCUGUGCUUGUGCCCGUAAUUCGCCUGCCGGCGGAGGUGGAUGUGCAGCGGCUGCAGCUGUCGUUGCCUAAGAUGACUCUGGCAGCAGGAAACUACACUUUAGUGUUUUCUCUGUCAUAUGAAGAUGUGCCACUAAGGAAAGCUGCCUGUUUGCAGCUCAGUGUCAUGGCUGCCAGGCUGAUGCCCAUCAUAGAGGGAGGCACCUACAGGGUGUGGUCGAGGACACAGGACCUGCAGCUCAGUGCAGAGCAGUCAUACGACCCCAACAUGGAACCAGACAACCAGUCCCUCCUCAGCUACCGCUGGGGGUGUCAAAGCACUUCGAAGGGUCCGGAGCACUGCUCCAGUCUGAACUUCGGCCUGGGCUCCAGCGGUCCGGUGCUUGGAAUCUCUGGCUCCGAGCUGGAGGAGGGGGUUGAAUACACUUUCAGACUGACCAUCAGCAAAGACAGCAUGGCGCCGGAGUCCACCACACAGACUGUGCUCGUCCAGAGUGGCCAUAUUCCCAUGGUGUAUCUGGAGUGCGUGUCCUGUAAGGCCCAGUCCAUCUACGAGGUCAGCCAGAACUCGUAUGUCUACCUCAGAGGAACCUGCACCAACUGCCAGGGCUUUCACCGUGGGCGCUGGAGUGCCAUGACGCUGCAGAAUGAGACUCUGGUCCUGGACUUGUCCUCCACCACCACAGGAAGUGACGGCAUGAACCUGGUGCUGCGGCAGGGCGUCCUGCGCCAUGGAGACUCCUACAUCUUUACCCUGCAUGUGACCGACGGCAGUCUGGACGGCGAGGGCGCCGCCUCCAUCACUCUGCACCACAAUAUGCCCCCGGUUGGCGGGGAGUGUCACCUGACAGGGGGAGGGGAAGCGGGAGUGGAGUACGGGGAUGGAGACGGUGAAGGCUGGAGGAUACGCACGCUGUUGGACCGGGUGCAUUUCAACUGUUCAGGCUACAGUGAUCUAGGGGUCUCAGAGACUCCUUUGCUCUACAGUCUACUGGUGACCCGCUGCAGAGAAGACUACUGUGAGGAGUUCUGUGUGUACAAAGGCAGCAGCCCCGAGCACUCUGCAUUCCUGCCCCCAGGCUUCAGCUCAGCCCGAAACCGCGUGGCCGUAUCCAUCACAGUGGAGGAUCACCAGGGAGCUGCGAUCACCGCGCUCAACAAGUCUAUUGAGGUCGUGCUGCCAAAACCUCCCCCGGAGUACAACAGCCUUCCCCAUUGGCUGUCUGAGCUGACAGACAGCAAACUAAAAAAGCUGCUGGAGCAGGGAGACUCCCAGAGAGUCCGAGAGUUAUCACUGGCCCUUAUUACCGUCCUAAAUGAGUAUGAGCAGACCAGGGAGUCGGUGCGGGUGUCCCGAAAUGAGCGCGCAUACCGCGUCAGAGUCCGCAGCAACAUCACCAGAGCUCUGACCGCUCUAGACCUGACCACCGUUAACGACAUCCAGCAGACCUCCGCUGCUUUGGCUCAGUGCACGGCGGUGAGUCGAGAGUUCAUCUGUGAGGAGUGUCAGAACAGCACUCUGAACAAGCUGGAGUCCAUGCUUGAGAUACUGCAAACUGACACCAAACAGGGCACCGUCACUCCCACUGAGAUAGCUGACAACAUCCUGAACAUCAUGGGUGAUCUGAUUCAUCAGGUCAGCCAGUCAGCAUCCCAGUCGUACCUACAGCCUGCCUAUGUGGACUCCCCCUCAUCCUCCUUCACCACUUCUUUUUACUCCCCUGGUGAGGAGCAAGGAGGCUCCCUGUUAGACCCCUCUCCCUCCUCACUGGAACCACACCCUCUGCGAGUGGCAGCCAAGGCUUACAGCCUGUCCUCAGUCCUCAUGCUGAUCCUCAUGCACGCCCGUGUGCUCAACGAGGAGCCGCUUGUCCUGAGGGGAGCUGAGAUCGCUGCCACGGGGAAACUGGCAGACCCCCAGAGCCUGCUCUGUUACCAUGGAAACAACAGUCCAGAGUGCCAGCGGUUCUCCAUCCCCCGAGCUUUCAACAAGAGUCUUGGCAAAGCUGCUGCAGGAAACAGCAUCAUGCAGCUACUGUUUCAGGUGGAGUCCAACCCCUUCCCAUUCAACUAUGUGGCGAACUACACAGUCUCCACCGAGGUGGCGUCCAUGGAGUUCCGCACUGAAAAUGGCACCCAGAUUCCUAUCUCCGGACUGGACGACAGUCUAGCCAUCACGGUUGCCAUUAACAACGGAAGUAGUGGAGCAGAAGCAGGUCCUGAGGGUUCUGGCACUGGCAGGGUCCCCACAGCUGGAGCUGUUAACAUCAGCCACUGUGACUCUGUCAUUGUGACAGUCAGCACGGGAAACACCAACAGACUAGCAGGACUGUUUGUGCAGCUCAACUUUACCUCUCUGGAGGAUGCCAGAGCGAAGGAUAAAAGAGAAGAGGGUGUGGAGGAGCCAUACAUCACAGCCUACCUUCAUUCACAUGAACGACCCAAUGAGUUCAACUGCACAGACAGAAAACGUAUCACACAUAGUAUGACCAGGGGGCAAGAUCUCGAUCACAGGAAAUACACCUUCUUCCUGUCACCAGAGUCCUACGACACCACUCUGGACUACUUUAUCAAUGUGAGCACGGCCUGCAGCCCUGGCUCUCAGCCUGUGGGUGUUCAUCUGGAGGUCGGGGUGUUUGCCUCUCUGUGUCAGUACUUCAAUGAGAGUGAGAAGCAGUGGCGGACAGAUGGCAUGGUGCCCCUGGCAGAAACCAACGCCAGCAGAGCUGUUUGUCGCACCAGGCACCUCACGGCCUUUGCUGCAGGCCUAUUCGUACCGGCCAACGCCAUCAGCUUUAAAGCGCCAGAGCGUUCUGGAGCACCGAGCCUGGUCGUCCUGUUGGUUUGCGUGUUGGGCUUACUUAGCUAUGUUGUGGCAGCAGCUAUCUUGCACAAGCUGGACCAGCUGGAUCUGCGGCGGGCCGGUGUGGUUCCACUCUGCGGCCGAGACGGGCUCUUUAAGUAUGAGAUCCAGGUCAAGACUGGCUGGAGCCGAGGGGCUGGCACAACGGCUCAUGUGGGAAUCAGUUUGUAUGGCCGUGAGAGCCGCAGUGGACACCGCCAUCUCGACAGCAGAGGAGCAUUCACACGCAACGCUCUCGACAUUUUUCAUAUCGCCACGGAUACCAGCCUGGGCAGUGUCUGGAAAAUACGAAUUUGGCAUGACAACAAGGGUCUGUCCCCAGCAUGGAUGCUGCAGUACGUCCUGGUCAAAGACUUGCAGACAGGAAGCAGCUACUACUUCCUGGCUGAGGAGUGGCUGUCGGUCGACAAUGAGAGAACCGACGGGCGGGUAGAGAUUGAGCUGGAGGCUUCAGAGGAGGCUGUGCUUCUUCAGCUGCCCCGCCUCCUGCGGUGUGAGCUGCAGAGGGCGCUGUGCGAGAGUCACCUGUGGCUGUCGCUGUGGGAGAGACCCCCCCGCAGCCCUUUCACCCGACUGCAAAGAGCCACGUGCUGCGCUGUGUUGCUGCAGCUCUUUCUAUUGGCCAACUCUCUGUGGUACAGCAUUGUGGUGGACAGGAGAUACAGCCCUGUGUCGGGGUUUGCUUCAUUAAAUGGAGAGACGGUGGCAGCCGGUGUGGUGACCUGCCUCAUUGUCUACCCUCUCUACCUGCUCGUCUUCACGCUGUUCAGAAUGAGCCGCAGCAAGUGUGUGUCUGUGGAGCAGGUGCCGCCACAAAUGGACCAGGAGUCAGUGGAAAUUGAUGACUUCCUGGACAACUCCAUGGCUGGAAGUUCCUUCCUCUUUUUUAAUGGCGAGACCAACUCAGAGGAAACCAACGUGGAUUUGCCCACUCCAUCAACCAAAAGUGUGGAGAGUUGGACCAUGGCAGAGGAGGAGAUGGAGGACCGGGAUUGGCCAGAGCUGUUGAGUGAUGUGUCAGUGGUGGGAGGGGCGGGGCAUGGGGCCGGCCUGCCCAGGCUGAAGAGGGGUCAGGGGAGCAGGCACCUGGGUGUCGACAUGACCUUUAACCCCGAUGAUGAGGAGGGGACUGACCAACGCAACAAAUUUUUCACCUCCUCAGACGAGGAUCUGAUCAAACACAUCCUGACAGAUGGACAGAAUUUCUUUCCCCAGGCAGAUGAAAGUGAGAUGGCCGACCUGUCAAGCAUUUUUGGAGAUAAGACUGAAGUGAUUCUCCUCCAGAAGCUGAAUGAGCCCCUUCCUCUAGAAUCUGUGAGAAGAGACCCACCAAAAACUGCAUUCACCUCAAAUACAGUUGUGACGGAUGUGUGUCGUCCCAGACGGUUUCCUCCCUGGUGUGGACGAGCCGCCCUGUGGGGCAGCUGGGUCGGUCUCGCUCUGGCCAGCGGCGUUUCGAUUUGGGCGGGCCACGGGUUCGGUCAAAGCGUGGCCAUGAUGUGGCUCAUCUCCUGUUUUGCCAGUUUCCUGUGCUCCUGCCUGCUGUUGGAGCCCAUUAAGGUGUUGUGUGAGGCAGUUUACUACGCGGUGUGUGUGCAUCGCCUCCGUCCAGAAGACCAGGAUGUGCUGGUGGAGUUCCCCCGGGUGGAAAGAGUGGUCCAGCGGGUGCACAGAGUGAGAUCGCCACAAGGCUUCGCUCUGUCUCAGGCUCGACACCAGGCCCGCAAGGUCCACAUGCUGCACACCAUGCUGAAGAACUUCCUGGUUUACAUGUUUUUCCUGUUGGUGGUUUUGCUCCUCAACUACUCUGACUCGGCCAAAGACACACACAGUCUGAGACUGCGCACUCAGCUGCAGCGAGCACUGCACACACCUGAGUACCACAACAUCAGCAGCCGAGAUGAUGUUCUGAUGUGGCUGAAUGACUCCCUGUUGCCACGGCUACUGGAUGACUCGACCCUCUUGAGAGACACAGGAAGUGUGUUGCUCGGCACGCUGAGGCUCCGUCAAACCCGUGACGCACAGGUUGCAGGUGGUUCCAGGGCAGGAGACAGUGUUUGGGGAAAGGGCUUGGUUACAUCUACCGCUAAAGACGCUGAGAAUUUUACUGCAUUCGGAGCUCACAGCACGAACUGGGUGUGGCAUUUAGGUCAGAUGGGGAUGAAUAACAGUGCAGAUGUUGUCCAGCAGCUGAACAGAAGCCUGGAGGAGGCCUCUUCCUCCUUACAGCAGCUGCAGCAGCUGCACUGGCUCGACUACAGGACCCGUGCCGUCUCUGUCGAGUUCUCGCUCUACAACAUCAACACAAACCUCCUGGCUGUCUUCUCCUUCCUGUUUGAGUUUCCAGUUUCUGAGCGUGCCCAGUCUAGCCUUGACCUUAUUGUCAUCACUCUGUGGCCAAUUACGGGCCUGGACCUGCAGCUCCUUCUCAUGAUUGUCCUCCUCGCCCUGGUGCUGUACUUCCUGGUGCGGGGGGUCUUGGGCUUCCUCAGAGAAGGCUAUGCGUACCUGCUGUCAGCCUGGAGACUCCUUGGCAUCUGCAAACUGGCUCUGGUAGCGUCUGUGUGCGGGCUGCACCUGAGCCACUGCACCAUGGCCACGCAGCAGUGGGCGUCUUACCUGCGGCGCCCGCGGGACGCCUUCACAGACUUCUACCCCUUGGCCAGACAGAGCCAGAUGUACACCGUCAUGUCUGCGCUGCUGCUGUUCAUACUGGUGCUCAAGGCGUCCCACCAGUUGCGGUUCCUCAGAGAGUGGGCUGUGUUUGGCAGAGCUCUGCGGCGCUCGGUCUGGGAGCUGCUGGGAGUCGCCCUGGCACUGCUGCUGUUGGUGCUGGCUUACUCACACACAGGACACCUGCUCUUCCACUCCGUCCUGGACGGCUACGGCAGCGUGAGCUCUGCCUGUCUGUCUUUGUUGGGCGCCGGCGGACGUGGUCUCCUAUCGUGGCGUCCCAGCUGGAUGACCACCGGCCCCUCCAGCACCAUCUCCUCGCUGGCGUUCCACGCGAGCUUCGCCGUACUUCGGCUGGUGUUGCUGUGGUUGGUUACGUCUGUGUUGCUGAGGAACUACCGGCGCGCACGAGCAGAACUGUACCGUCCAGCCGUGGAUCUCCAAGACUACGAGAUGGUUGAGCUGUUCCUCAGAAGACUCAAAAUGUGGAUGGGUCUCAGCAGGGCCAAGGAGUUUCGUCACAAGGUGCGUUUCGAGGGCAUGGAGCUGCCACCGUCCCGGUCUUCCUCCACCAGCGACUGUAAGUCCCUGUGCUUGCCACCGCUGGACGGUCCUGACUCCCCUCCCACCCCAGACAGCGUUGACGCGGGCUCUGAGGCCUCAUGGCGCCCGGCCUCCUCUAGCCCCUGCAGCCUGACAGAAGCGCCGGGGAUCGGGCUGGGACUCGGGCUGGGCCUGGGUUUGGGGCUCGGUCCGGGGGUGGUGAUGGGAAGUAUCAGCUGGAGGGAGAGAGCGGAGACCGAAGCCUCUCUGAGGAGGCUCCUCCCCACCCUGGACGCCCUGCUGCAACAGCUUGACCGUGUCACCGUGGCAACAGAGGAUCUGUACCACAUCGAGUGCAGGCUGGAGCGUGCCCAGAGGAAGAGGAGGCAUAGAGGGAGAGAGAGAGGAGGUGGUGGUCAGGGAGGGAGGAGCGAGGCAGGACAGAGGGGGAAGGGGGAGGACAAGGACUCUGCUGGAUGGAGAGAACGAAAGAGUGGCAAAGAAAAACACAAGGGGAGCAAAAAGGGGAAAAAGACAGAUAAAAGUGAACUUCCAAAGGACUGUGGAAACACUGCUGCCAACCCCAAAAAGACUCCAGCAGCCACACAUGUUCCCUUUUUAAAGCCCAAACCAGCUUCUGCCACGACACAUACACCCGCUCCUCAAUCAGCAGCCAAACCUUCAGUUAGUGCACCUCCACCUACACCAGUCGUAGAUAAAUCUGCCUCUGACUCCUCCUCUCUCCCCGUCUCAUCAGCAAACACUCCCCCUUCCCACAUCCCACCGCCCAAAACACCCACAGCGCCUCCAUCCACCCCUGCAACUAACCCUUCCUCGCCAUCUACCCCUGCCCCCACACCCACUAGCCGGGACUGGGACCCCCCCACAGAGAGAGAGACCCUCCCUUCCUCCAGUCUGUUCAACCACCCAGCUCACACAACCACAAUUCCUACACGCAAGCGAAAACGCAAACCUCCACCCCUCAAAAACAAGGUGCACCCCAACCUAGACAGACACGGUCCCGGACACCCCAAAUCCUGAGGGCUCUGGAUAGAUGGACGAACAGAAGUGAAAGGUGGAGUAAAGGAAUGUAAGAGUGAAUGUUGGGUUCAGGACGAGAGGAGGACGGGGACAGCGGGUUUUGUCCCCAGGUGCCCCUCUCUAAAAGGAAAGGAGACAUUAUAGUGGAUGGGAAGGUCAUGCGACCAAGCACAGGAAGGAAACAAGAGGAAUCCCUGAGUUGAGCAGUUUGAGGUACUGAAAGAUGAACAGAAAGCAAUAAAAUAGGACUUUGCAGGUUUAUGAGUUGUGAUCCAUCCAAAUCCCAGUUCGGUGCUCUCAGAAACAAGGUGCAGGACACCAGAUGUUAACUGAGCUGGUUUUGUGAGCCACAUGAAGGUCAUCAUUGAAACCAAGAAAUACUCCUGCUCCUUAUCUCCCCGGACUAAACCCGACCCCCCCCCCGAUCCCACGUGACCCUGGAGGUCACUGACAGGAGCGCAUGAACGCGCUCACCCGAGGACUUCGCCAGCUGAAGGCAGACAAUGCAAUCAGUCUUUUUGUGUAUCUCUGAAAAUUGUGUCCAUUUUUUUUCAGUUAUGUUGUCUGUCUACAUAUUUUUAUAUUUUAUAUUUCGGUCACCAUGGGUACUUUUUGUGGCCUGUCUGAAAAUAUUCAUGAUUUAUGGACCCACAGAUAUACGCACAUGCAGAUAUACACAUGCAUAGAAAUAACACUGUAGGCACAGACGCGCUAGUUAUAACGUGCCACACAUUUCAGCCCACUGAGGUACAAGAGAAAACAAAGUCAAGCGUACACACACACACACACACACACACACACACACACACACACGGUUGUUGGGAUCCCAGCAGCCAGUUCUUCAGGGUGCAGAUAUUAUGAAGACAUAAAAAAGAUAGAAAGACGAAGGGAAGCCACAAGUAGUGACAAGAAGGAGGUGUAGCAGGUGGUAGCAGCGCAGAGCAAAGUAGAGUAGGAGUGUUGGCAAGAAGAGGGACAGAAGGCGGAUGAAGUUGGACGUAAAAGUUGAGGAAGCAGGAAAGAUUUGCCUUCACUUGUACAGUACUGAACAUUUAUUCACACACAACUUGUCCCAUCAUAAAGCUAUAAUAACGCCCAGUCUGAUUAUCUUUUUUAAAGGUUUUUUUUUUAAUGUCUUGUUUUCAAUAUGGUUGUGAUUUAAAAGCACUUUUGUUCCGAUGUAGAUUCUUGGCGAGGAGUGGUGUAAAGUAAUAAGCUUGGUGUCCCAAACCAAUAGAGAAAGCUUCACUCAUACUGUAUCUUAACUAUAAACGUUGCCAAAGCUUUUGCGUCAUUUAUGCAGUGUUACCAUGCCGAGUAACUCAUUCAUUCGUUUUGUACUUAGCACUUUAUUUCCUAAUGGAGCUGAUAUCCGAUGCCAUAUUUAACUCUCAUGUCAAGUUUUCAUUUCAUAUCUUAACAGCGACAUUAUAGAAACAUCCUAAUAAGUAUUAUCAAGGUGUUGAAGCCAUAGCUAGUAGUUGUGUUUGUACUUCUGUCUGCUCUUGUUGUUGUAAACUGUUUUUUAUGUCCUGUUUUGGUCAACAUACGUACUUCCUGUGUCCAGUGGGCAGAUCUCAGGGACCCCACCCUUUUCCCCAAACCCUGGAAGAGCAACCAGGAAAACUAAAACUGGGGGCUAGUAGGUGUUUUCAUUAUUAUAAGGAAAUUCUGUUUCAAGGUGAAAUCAUGCCACAGACUUUGACUUCCAGCCUGUUUUAAACUUCAGCUUUCUUCUUCUCUCAGCCGAAAACUGGCAAGUUAUGUGUCGGCGCUCAUUCAUGGGUUUUUAAAGGAUAUGAAAAAGGGAAGACGCUGCAGAGGCUCUGAUGGGCAUCCUAAAGUGUGAUCAAGGCCCCUUUUUCUCGCUCUUCCACUCAAACUCCAACAUUACACAGCGUAAAGCAAAGCGCCAACACACCCUAAGUGGUUCUAUUUUGAAACAUUAUCACACCUUUUUCCUGCCCAAUGAGAUCUCGCAAGUUUCAGGAUCUCACGAAAAAGACCCCGUUUCAUCUGUGAGUGUACAUUUCUGUAUAUAUUGGUGCUUUGUGGUGUAUAUAUUUUGGCUUCAUGAUCAGUAUUGUUUAUGUGCUGCAGUUGCAUAAGCAUAGGUCAAGCACUGGUGUUGCAAACCCCAAAGUUUUACAUUUCUCCAGUCUAACUGAAGCACUACAGCCAAAGCUAUUGAUCUAUUUAAUAUAAAUCAUUGUUAACAUGCCACUUAGAAACCACAGGUGGCUCAGCAGCCAACAGUUGACACCUCUGCUGGCCUUCCUAUUCCUUCUAUGUGCAGUGUAUUAACAAGAUAGUGCCAAAGCCCACCUUCUUGUCCUCUAGAUGUCACUGUAUGUUGUACCAUGCAUUUUGGUUUAAAAUGGUGUUACAAAUUUGUCAAAUUUGUCUUUGAUCUUCUUUGUAUCUCAUAUCUGUAUUUUGCAGUUGUAGCACUUCUCCUGCUUUUGCACUUGACAAAGUCAAAUAAAGAGUUUUGACCGCUGAACUCUG